AUGGGUGUUCCAGCGCUUUUCCGCUGGCUCAGCAAAAAGUACCCCAAGAUCAUCAGUCCUGUCAUAGAAGAGCAGGCGCAAGAGAUUGACAACGGUGAUGGCACCAAAACCAAACUCCAUGUCGACAUGUCGCGUCCGAAUCCCAACGGCGAGGAGUUCGACAACCUCUACCUCGACAUGAACGGCAUUGUCCAUCCCUGCUCUCACCCCGAAGACCGCCCAGCACCCGCCAACGAAGAAGAGAUGAUGAUUGCCAUCUUCGAGGUCACUGACCGCGUGGUGACGAUGGCGCGUCCUCGCAAGCUACUGUACAUCGCUGUCGAUGGUGUCGCACCUAGAGCAAAGAUGAACCAGCAACGGAGCCGACGCUUCCGCACCGCUCAAGAGGCCGCCGAGAAAGACAAGCAGGUCGAAGAAUUUCACGCACUCCUCCGUCAGAAUGGCCAAAGUCAAGAGGAUGGUGAUGGGGAGGCACCGAAGAAGACAUGGGACUCGAACUCGAUCACCCCCGGCACUCCCUUCAUGGACCUCCUUGCUCAGAGUUUGAAGUACUGGGUCAAGUACAAGGCCACAACCGACCCCGCAUGGAAGAAUCUGAAGAUCAUCAUCUCUGAUGCUUCGGUACCUGGGGAAGGUGAGCACAAGAUCAUGAACUUCAUCCGUUCCCAGCGUAGUUCGAGCGCGCACGAUCCGAAUACCCGACAUGUUUUCGUGGGCUUGGACGCCGAUCUGAUCAUGCUUGGCAUUGCAACCCAUGAGCCGCAUUUCCGCGUACUGCGCGAGGAUGUCUUUGCCAACGACACAAAGCCCGGUCAUUGUCGUAAAUGCGGGCAGCCUGGACACCGAGCCGACGAGUGUAUUGGUGCCGCCAAACCGAAGCCUGGACAAGAGCUUGUAGAGAAGGCACCCAAACCCUACAUUUGGCUGGACGUGCGCACGCUGCGAGAGUAUCUGGCCGUGGAAAUGUACGUCACGGGUCAGCCGUUCCAAUUCGACCUGGAGCGCGCGCUAGACGAUUGGGUCUUUAUGUGCUUCUUUGUGGGGAACGACUUCCUGCCGCACCUGCCCUCUCUCGACAUCAGGGAGGAUGGGAUCGACACUUUGAUCGCCAUUUGGCGCGACAAUCUCUCCGUGAUGGGAGGAUACGUCACCAAGGAUGGGAUUGUGGACCUCCAGCGCGUACAAAUCAUCUUGGAGGGAUUGGCAAAGCAAGAGGAUGCGAUUUUCAAGCGUAGACGGGCGACGGAAGUGAAGAGGGCGGAGCAAGACAAACGCCGAGCGGAGCAGCUGCAGAGGCGACAAGGCGGGAAGCGGAUGCGAUUCAGCGACGGAGCGCCGACUGGCUUUGACGAGACGGUCAUCCGACGCGGGGCGCGCGGAGGUAUCAUCAGAGGUGAAGCCGCGCCGGACAUGAACGCGCUGCCGCUAUUUGCCCCCGGAGAUGCGCAGACGAAGAAUGACCCGCGCUACACUGCGGCAUUGACGCAUGCAGACGUUGUGGGGGGGAGAUCGGCGGCGCAAGCCAAUGCAGACAACCGCUCCGCUGCGGCGGUGUUGAGGGAGAAGCUCAUGCAGGGCAAGAAACCUGCGAAUAGCCAAAAGGCCGAGGUCGAUGCACUGUUCGCCAAUGCCAAUGGCGCACCGACGAACGGCAGCAGUGCGCAGGCUCCAGUGCUGGGCAAGCGCAGCAGGGAGAUGAUUGACGAAGCCAACGACGAUGCUGCGAACUCUGAUCCGUCGACUCCAGGCCGUACCACACCCAUCAAAGAUAAUUCAGGAACAUCUGGCGCUCUGGGUGGAAACUCGCAAGAGGACAAUGGCUUGCCAGAGGACACCGUCAUGCUCUGGGAAGAAGGAUACCAAGACCGAUACUACGAGCAGAAGUUCCACGUCGCGCCCACGGACAUUGAAUUCCGCAGGAAGGUGGCAAGAGACUACGUGGAAGGUUUGUGCUGGGUCCUGUUAUACUACCUGCAGGGCUGUCCGUCCUGGACAUGGUACUUCCCGUAUCACUACGCGCCGUUCGCCGCCGACUUCCACGAGAUCGACAAGAUGGUGGUGGACUUUGAGAAGGGCACUCCAUUCCACCCGUACGAACAGUUGAUGGGUGUGAUGCCGGCGGCAUCCUGUCACGUUCUCCCUGCCGUCUUCCACCCCUUGAUGACGGAGGAAGACUCGCCCAUCAAGGAGUUCUAUCCCGAGGAUUUCGUCGUCGAUCUUAAUGGCAAGAAGAUGGCGUGGCAAGGCAUCGCGCUGCUCCCGUUCAUCGACGAAAAGAAAUUGCUCGCGGCCAUGAGUGUCAAGUACCCGCUCCUCACUGCGGAGGAGCGCAGGCGCAAUGAAUUUGGCGACGAGAUCCUGGUAAUGAGCACCAAUCAUGACCUCUACAAUGAUGUCAUCCGGAGUUUCUACAGCAAGAAGCCCAUCAGCUCCAAGACGUUCAAACUGGACGGCUGGAAAUCUCAAGGGCUGGCGGGCAAGGUGGGCAAGGAUCUGGACUAUCUGCCAGGGUCGCAGCUCCUCUUUCCGCUCGAGGGCGGCGCACAAGACACGUUCACCUCGCUGGACCAAGACUUGAGCGCAAGCGUGACAUACGAAAUGCCUCACCUACAAGAGAGACACAAGAGUAUGCUAUUGGCUGGGGUCAAGUUCCCAUCACCCGUGCUCGAUCCCGACGACAUUCAGACCACGAUGGAGCGAGCCGGUAAGACGGGGCGGAGCCAUGGUGGCGUGCGGCUCAGUCAGCACGGCGGCCGGAGUGAUGGGAGGCAAAUCAACUAUGCUGCGCGCAGCCAGGGGAACGGCGGUGGUGGUUACAAUGGUUACAAUGCCGGGCCUCCCCCUGGCUUCCCUCAGCCUCCGCCGGGUGUUCGUGCCAUGCCGCCAGUUCCAGCAGGACCACCACCAAUGCAUGGGCAACAAAAUGGGUACGGGCAGCACGGCGGGCGACAGAACGGGUACUCGGGUUCGCAGCAAGGGUAUAAUGCACCUCGUGGCUACGCACCGCAGCAGCAAGGGCAUGGCUAUGGACAGGGUGGACGAGGUCGAGGACACGACAACCGAUAUGGGGGCCGCGAGGACAGGAACGGCUACGGCUACGGGCAGGGAGGAGGCUAUCAGGGAGGUUAUGGUGGUGGGUAUGGCGGCGGAUACGGCGGAUAUGGUGGCGGGAGGAGGUAG